AUGCGUUCUGUCCUUGUUGCUGUGUUGUUGAUUGCUUGUGCCGCUGUUGUGUUGGCUCAAGAGUACAAGCCUUUGGCCGAGAGUGAAAUGAAGAAGCUCUUCAUCAAGUUCUCUAGAAAACAUGCCAAACUCUAUGGUACUGAAGAACAUAAUUCUAGAUAUCAAAUUUUCAAGGCCAACGUUGAGAAGGCCAGAUAUUAUAACCAUGUUGGCAAGAGAGAAAACUUCGGUAUCACCAAGUUUGCUGAUUUGACUCCAGAAGAAUUCAAGAGAAUGUUCUUGAUGAAGACUUACACUCCAGAGGAAGCCAAGAAGAUUUUGGGUGCUCCACAACAAGUUGUUGUUUCUGAAAAGGAUAUCCAAGCUGCUCCAACCUCCUUCGACUGGAGACAACACGGAGCUGUUACUCCUGUCAAGAAUCAAGGUGCUUGUGGUUCAUGCUGGACUUUCUCCACCACUGGUAACGUUGAAGGUCAAUGGGCCAUCAAGAAGGGUAAACUUGUCAGCUUGUCUGAACAACAAUUGGUUGACUGUGAUCACAACUGUGUCACUUAUCAAAACCAACAAGCUUGUGACUCUGGUUGCAAUGGCGGUUUGAUGUGGUCUGCCUUCCAAUACAUCAUCAAGAACGGUGGUUUGGUCACUGAGGACUCUUAUCCAUAUGAAGGUGUUGAUGACACUUGCAGAUUCAACAAGAGCAACGUUGUUGCCACCAUCUCCUCUUGGACCUCAAUUCCAAGCGACGAAACUCAAAUGGCUGCUUGGCUCGCUGCUAACGGACCAAUCUCCAUUGCUAUCAAUGCUGAAUGGUUGCAAUACUACACUUCUGGUAUCUCUGAUCCAUGGUUCUGUAAUCCUCAAGAUUUGGACCACGGUGUUUUGAUUGUUGGUUAUGGUGUUGGUAAGAGCUGGCUCGGAUCCGAAGAACCAUACUGGAUUGUUAAGAACUCUUGGGGUUCAGAUUGGGGUGAAGAUGGAUAUUUCCGUAUUAUUCGUGGUAAGAGCAAGUGCGGUUUGAACUCUGUUCCAUCCUCUUCAAUUGUUUAA